AUGAAUUUUGGUAGAAAAUUUUAUUUCUCAGUCAGUUUACUCUUCAGGGAAAUUGCUCAAAAAUUCAUCAAUAUCGACGAACCAAUUUUUAUGCUAAGGAAUAAAUACGAGCCCGAGAAUAAAGAACGUUUUUUGAAUGUAUUUCGUGAAAUUAUACUAUUUACGUACAGAAAUGAAUUUAAAAAUAUUAGUAUAUCUAAGGGUAUAUUAAAGCCGAAAAGCAAUAUAAAAGAUGAUUCGAAUAAUAUAACAUCGGAUAUUGGAUGGGGGUGUAUGUAUAGAGUAACUCAAAUGUCAAUAGCUUAUGGUGUUCGCCAAUUUCUAAAAAGCUAUUUGGGCGACUCAAAUAUUGAAAACAUAAUAAAAAACUUUCAAGAUAAUGAAUAUGCCAAGUUUUCAAUUCACAAUAUGGUUAAUGUUGCUUUGAGUGAAUUUGGAAUUAAUCCUACAUCUUGGAUUGGACCAACAACUUCAUCAAUGAUCGCAGACAAGUUAAUAAAUGACAACAGAAAUAUCAUAUCUAAUAUUCAAAUUGCAAGUAUUGCUUAUAUAGACGGCACUAUCUAUAAGAACCAAGCAAUAAAACACUUUUCAGAAAUAAGUUCAGAUAGCUGUACUUUUGUAUGGCUUUGUAUGAAGUUGGGAACAUCAAAAUUUAAUAUUAGUGCGUAUAAAGAAACAAUAAUUUCAAUGAGUAACGUUCCACAGUUCAUUUGUAUUAUGGGGGGGAAUAAUUAUUCUUCUGGUGCUUUACUCAUUGUUGCAUUUAGUGACACUUUUUUGUAUUGUUUAGAUCCACAUAUAAAGGUACUUCCAAUGUUUUCUGAAAAGAAUUUUAGUAGGGAUGAAUUUAUUCAAGAAAUUCCAACGAAGAUUUAUUGGGAGGAACUGAAUCCAUCUUUAUCCAUGGUUUAUAUUUGUCGGAAUCUUGAAGAUUUUGACGGUUUAUGCAGUGAGUUAACUAGAAUUAAUUCUGAUCUAUUCGAAAUAAUAAAUAAUUUUGAGAUUGAGUUGAGGAGUGAAAUGGAGUUCAAUUCGGGAUUUUUAAUUGUAUAA